UCGCAAGCAACCGUCAAAGAGAACACUAGCAGGCAGCAAGGCAAUUGUGUUUUUAGCUGCUAAUAAAAAAAAACCUCUUAAUUUAAAACACAUCAACAAAAAUGGCAGAUUCAGGAAGCGAUAAUCCUAUCUAUGGACCCUUCUUCGGUGUUAUGGGAGCCGCCUCAGCCAUCAUUUUCAGUGCUUUGGGAGCAGCCUAUGGAACAGCUAAAUCAGGUACUGGUAUCGCGGCUAUGUCCGUCAUGAGACCAGAAUUGAUUAUGAAAUCCAUCAUUCCCGUUGUCAUGGCUGGUAUUAUUGCCAUUUACGGUUUGGUCGUAGCUGUCCUCAUUGCUGGUGCUCUGGAAGAACCCUCAAAAUACACCCUUUACAAGGGUUUCAUCCAUUUGGGUGCCGGUUUGGCUGUAGGUUUCUCAGGCUUAGCGGCAGGUUUUGCGAUCGGUAUUGUUGGUGAUGCCGGUGUCAGAGGUACAGCUCAACAACCUCGUCUCUUCGUCGGUAUGAUUUUGAUUCUUAUUUUCGCUGAAGUAUUGGGUCUGUACGGUCUCAUUGUUGCCAUUUACUUGUACACCAAAUAAAUUAAUCAACACAGCAACAAUAACAAUAAGAAAAACAACCACAACAAUAACAAAAAACAACCAUCAAGAAAACAAUCAUCUUCUUCAAUGUCAAUA